GAUUGCCGGAAUAUGUCCUGAUUGUUUUCAUUCGAUAUCCGGCAUCUAUAAUGAACUUGGUGCUUUAAGGAAAAACAGUGACAACGUGACUCGAGACUUUAUGAUCAAAAAAUGUGUCGACUUCUUGUUGUGUUUGUGUGCCUCUUAUCCGGUGCCUUUGCGGCCGAUAUGGAUUUUAAUAAUAUCUUGGACGGAUUCAAUCCAAAAACAAUAAGUGAAGCUCUUAAAAGUACUUUUUUGAACGCAAACUUAACAACGCCUGACUGUAAAAAUGCAACGAACGGAUGUUUGCAAACCGAAGUUGUGACAUACCUCGAACAUGUGGUUGAAGCGCUGAAAAGUUUUGAUAUAAGAGAAUUAAUACGGUUUCCAAAGAAUAAUAACACGUUUGAUGAUUUUGAGGAAACCAAUGAAGUCGACAAAAGCGACGAAACUUUUCGAAAAGACCGAACACCUUUGGAAGAGCUCGAGAAACGUUUCUCUAAAUUCAUGUUUACUCAUGACAUACAAAUUAAUUUGCCCGAUACUCUGUUCGAUUCAAACGUGCUGCAAAUAUCACCUCGAGCUGGAAAAGGAAAGGAAAAAGGAAUCAUCGCUCAGUUCAAGAUUCUUUCCAAUAAGAUAACCAAAGGGAAACCAAGAAUCUUUCAUAAGAUUAAAAAAAUUGGUGAAAAGUUGAAGAACGCUGUCCUGGCCCUAAUCCUUUUCUUCGGACUAGCUAAAGUCUUAAUUUCAUUCUUGCUUCCAUUAGUGGUAGGAGUGGCAACGGCUAAGAAGAUUUUGGUGAAGGUCCUCCUUUUCGUGUUUCCAUUUUUGGCAUUCUUCUUUAAAUUGUGCCCAUUUACUCCAUACGGCACCAAAUUCCACCAUCACCAUCACCACAUAUCACACGCUCAUCAACUUCCACACACACCUUCGUUCGUCUACCAUGAUUUGAAGCAUGAGCAUCACCCGCACCAUCACGAUGUCAUUACAGGACCUGACUACCACUCGGAAGGACCAGCUUUCGCUAACGAACUUAUCAGUCACAGAAAUGAUCCAUCAAAUCCGUUUGUGGGUCAAGGCCAACCUGGUGCUGUUCAUCGAAUUCGUAACAAUAAGCCUCCUUUCAACAGACCUCUCACUCCCAAUGAAAUCGAAGCUAUGGUAAACGAAGCCGAAAAGGAAGCGCUGCUUAAAGCCCGACUUCAGCAAGAGCGUCUUCGUGUGCAGAUGGAAAACAAACGAUUGCAAGACGAAAUCAAGCUGCAUCUUCUCAGGCAAGAAAAACUAAAAGCCCAUGCAACUAAUCUCGCGAACGGUGGUGUCGUUAACACUCUCGUGCCUCCGAAACCGUCGAUUGUGUUGGCUUCAAACGCAAGUGUUAUGAAUGCGAUUCAAGUUGAUUCGAAUAAGAUAUCACUCUCUCCGUCACUUCAACCACCAUUCCAAGCUAGUGUAAUUCAAACGGUGCAAAGACAAACAAUUGUAACGCCCGUGCCACAACCGGUGCGAUUUUCUACUGAAGAUCCAAUUCAGAAAGCUGCUGCAAUCACUUACGACCCUUUCUAUAGUCCCAUUUUGGAGAAAAUUGAGAAAAUCCUAACGGGACUUGGAUUUGUUGAGGAUCAGUGUAGGGAAAGGUUAAUUUGCAGCAUGUACAAGAACCCUGUGAAGUGGAGUCCCUAUAGUAACUUGGUCUCAGUCGAAUUAAGCAGGGAUGCCAAAGAUUUACAGAAGCCAACGUAUGCUAAUGCUGCUGUGGUGAAGUUCCACAGGUAUGUGCAAGCUGCAAGAGACGGACAAGAUCAAAGGAACUGCUCCAAACUCUACUCAUCUUGUCCAAUAAAUACUGAUCGCUAGAACAAAUACAAAACUUAGAAGAUAUGAGACCAACAACCUCACUAUUACCUCGAAGCAAAUAAAACCUUUCUUUAUACAACAUCCAAUAAGUAGGAUAUUUCUUUGCAACUGCGUGUUUUUAACGUCAUACUAUCUUGGAGUUCUAGGUUUGCCGAUAGUUUUUCUAAUUUAUUAAGAAAAUCGAAAAACUGUAUUAGCUAGUAUUCCUACAAAACUGAAACUAAUAUAGUUUUUCAUUCAAGCUUUUAUCGAAGCAGAAAGCUAAAAUGUUAUAUACUUUUUCCAAAACUUAAGGCGUACCUGUACUUACACGUUCUAUGUACAUAAAUAUAUAUAUUUAAGCGACUUAAGGUUCAAGAUCCAGACAAUAGUUUAAAGCGGAAUAACAAUACCUUUUUUUUCAAAAUUCGUCUGAUACUAAGUAUCUUGGGCCGUUCUGAAAUAAUAAAUAUUCA